AUGACCGGCUCCCUCAGCACCACCGCGCGAGUCACCUCCGUGGUCGCGGGCACUUUAGUUGCUCUGUCCUGCGGAACAAAUUAUGCGUAUUCGGCAUGGGCGCCACAAUUUGCGGAUCGCAUGAAGCUCUCAUCGACGGAGAGCAACCUCAUUGGCGUAGCAGGAAAUCUGGGAAUGUACGGCAUGGGAGUGCCCAUGGGACUGUUGAUUGAUGGGCGGGGCCCACGACUGGUGACACUUAUCGGAUCUAUACUAUUGGCGUUGGGUUACUACCCAAUUUAUCUUGCCUAUGAACAUGGACAAGGGUCAGUACAUCUGGUAUUUCUGUGCCUGUUUGCGUUUUUGACAGGUGCCGGUGGCUCUGCGGCCUUUGGCGCGGCCAUCAAAGUUGCUGCUUCGAACUUUGCUGACAGCCGCGGGACGGCGACAGCAGUCCCUCUUGCGGCAUUUGGUCUCAGUGCAUUGUUCUGGUCGAAUGUUUCAAACCUGAUCUUCAAAGACGAUACCGGAGCAUUCCUCUUUCUGAUGGCCUGUGGUACCAGCGUUCUUACUCUUGUUUCCACCCCAUUUCUCCGGAUUCUACAAUCCGAAACUUAUUCUUCGGUUCCUGAAGGACCUACAGAACCAUCCGACUCUAGACUAAUGCGUCGCCGAAGUAUUAUAAUUGAGCACCCAGAUGGCUCCUAUAGCUCGACAGCUCGCGCUAAUGAGAGCUCAGCGCAUGUCCGCUCCCAUUCAAUCGGUGGGAAUAAAGAGAGUAUCCGACGAGAGGGAAUCCUUACUAUCGAGGUCCACCACCCCGAUAUCCGCGGUCUCGCCAUGCUCCGCCACGUUGAAUUCUGGCAACUAUUCCUGACUAUGGCCCUUCUUUCCGGCAUUGGUCUCAUGACGAUCAACAACAUUGGAAACAGUGCUAAGGCUCUAUGGGUAUACUACGAUGACAGCGCCAAGCCCAAGUUCAUCCAGCAGCACCAGGUCAUGCAGGUGUCAAUUCUUUCGUUCGGAAACUUCCUGGGCCGACUUUCCAGUGGAAUCGGCUCAGACAUCCUUGUGAAGAAGCUCGGCAUGUCUCGAUUUUGGUGUCUGUUCGUUUCUGCUUCCGUCUUCACCCUUACUCAACUCGCCGGUGCCUCGAUCUCAAACCCAAACACUCUCGUCGUCGUCUCAGUCUUCACAGGUAUUGGAUACGGGUUUUUGUUUGGUGUUUUCCCCUCGCUUACUGCGCAUACAUUCGGAAUCGAGGGACUCUCCCAGAACUGGGGUGCCAUGACCCUCGCGCCUGUCUUCAGCGGAAACAUCUUUAAUCUCCUUUAUGGAACAGUAUACGAUCACCACUCGGUCAUUGGAGCUGAUGGCGAAGCUUCGUGUCCGGAUGGUCUCCGCUGCUACCAGUCUGCAUACUAUUUCACUUUCUUCUCCGGCGUGGCUGGUAUCCUGGUCUGUCUGUGGAGUAUUUAUCGCGAACGAAAGAUUCAUGGCUCCCAACGCAAGAAGUCGGAUCAUCAAAUCGCAUAG